AUGGGUGGUCCGGAACCUAACGGCACGGAAACCGAGAAACCAACACAAACGGUUCAACACCAAAGUGAUUUUAUUUUACCUGAAAAUUCCGUUAACGGUUACGAAACCGAUUCUAACAACCAAAGUAGUUUACGUGAUGGUGGUGCAUAUAGCAAAAACGAAGGAAACGUAGGGUUUGUUCCUCCUCAUUCACUCCUCCCGAUACCGGUACCGCCGGAGGUUUUUCAAAGAAACAAAAACGACGAAUCUCCGCCGAGAAUAUCCGUCUCCAGCACCAUGCCGGACUUCGGAAGCUUCAUCCGUCAACGGAGCAGCGAUUUAUCCACCGCGAUUGCAAAACGAGUUUCAUCGUUUCGGAAAUCGAUGGAGCAGAGCGACGAGAACGGUGAGAACGAUAGGAAGAAUAACGAUCAGAAUCAGGAAGUGACGGAAUUCAAUCUUUCAGGUCACAAGGUUGUUGUGAAGGUGAAACCGGAGGAAGAACCCGCGAUGAAAGGGAGGAUAACGUUGUUCUCAAGAUCAUGUUGUAGAGACUGUACGGCGGUGAGGAGAUUCUUCAAAGAGAAAGAGCUGAAGUUCGUUGAAAUCAACGUCGACGUAUUUCGCGAGAGGGAGAAAGAGCUACGAGACAGAACGGGUAUUACUUCUGUUCCGAUGAUUUUCUUUAACGAGAAGCUUAUCGGAGGGUUAGUCGCGUUGAACUCGCUUCGAAACAGCGGAGAGUUUGAUCGGAGGUUGACGGAGAUGGUGGUUGAGAAGUUCGCCGGCGAUGAUGCACCGUUACCGCCUAUGUACGGUUGUGAUUAUAUUGAGGAUGAUCGAACGGACGAGAUGAGUGGACUUGUUAGUCUUUUGCGGCGGAAAUUGUUCGUUCAGGAUUGGUUGAGGAGAAUGAAAAUCAUUCAGAAUUGUUUCAUAGGGAACGAGUUUGUGGCGGUUGUGAUUCAACACUUCAAGUGCGCGCGUAACGAGGCUGUUGAGAUUGGAAAAGAGUUAUCCAGAAAGCACUUCAUCCAUUAUGUUUCCGGGGAUAGUGACUUUGUAGACGGAACUAACUUGUAUCGUUUCCUUGAGCAUGAACCCUUUAUCCCGAGAUGCUUUAAUUUCCAUGGUGCGGUAAAUGAUAAUGAACCAAAGACAGCAGCUUCAGUUUGUGAUAGGCUUGCUAAGAUUAUGUCUGCCAUUCUUGAGUCUUAUGCUUCUGAUGAUAGACGACGUGUUGAUUAUGCGGCCAUUAGCAAAAGCGAAGAAUUUCGUAGGUAUGUAAAUAUGACUCAGGAUUUGCAGCGAGUGAAUAUCUGCGAACUAUCAGAAAAUGAGAAGCUUGCCUUCUUCUUAAAUAUAUAUAAUGCCAUGGUCAUACAUGCUAUCAUUAGCGUAGGCAGCCCAGAAGGUGUAAUUGAUAGGAGAUCCUUCUUCAAUGACUUCCUGUAUUUGAUUGGAGGAUAUCCUUAUUCUCUUGCCAUUAUUGAAAAUGGUAUUCUCAGAUGUAAUCAGAGGUCACCAUAUUCCAUAAUGAAGCCCUUUAGCACCGGAGAUAAACGGUUAGAGGUUGCUCUUGCCAAGUUGAACCCGUUAUUCCAUUUUGGACUUUGUAAUGGUACAAGAUCUAGCCCAAAAGUGAGAUUCUUUUCACCCAAUAGAGUUGUAGAUGAAUUAAGAGGUGCUGCACGAGAGAUCUUUGAGAAUGGUGGCAUUGAAGUGGACCUAGAGAAGAGAACUGUUUAUCUCCCACGGAUUUUUAAGUGGUUCAGUACAGAUUUUGGACAAGAGCAAGAAAUACUUAAGUGGAUACUUAAUUACGUUGAACCAAAUAAAGCAGGUCUAUUGACACAUCUCUUAAGUGAUAGUGGACCUGUUAAUAUAUCUUACCAGAAUUUCGAUUGGUCAUUAAAUUCUUGA